AUGCCACUGAUUCCAGCACCUCCACCAGCAAGAUAUACUUAUUUAAUUUCUCGACGUGGUGACCUUGCACUCUCAAUCAUAGCAGGAUCACUUGCAUUCUACUUUACCGGGCCAUCAGGUUAUUCAGAAACCAAAAACCCAGAAAAAAGUUUAUUGAAACUAGUUCAAAGACGAUUUAAAAAAAUAUCAAGUGUUGAAAUUAAUAUUCUUGUGAGGCAAAUAUCUUCUCACGUUCCCAUAGAAGGCACAUUCGCGCCUGAUCCACACCCACCCUCCUGUCAUUGUCGCAGUGGUCUCACAAGUCUCGCUUAA